CACGUUGCAGUGCAGUUUUACACCACUGCAACCCACAACCACUGCGUGCGUGAGACAGUCUUAAGCUUUAUUAUUAGAAGUAUUUUUUUUUUUUUUUUGGGAAAGGCAGACUUUUGGAUACAUCUUGUGUGGGGGCAUCUUAUUUAGACCGUACAGGUGUACCCAAGGAAGUGGCUAUAGCGAGUGUGUCUUUUGCUGUUAAGACGACAACAGGUGACGGGUUCCGCUGAGCGAUGAGUGAUGAUGUAAAACAAACCGGAGUAAAAAGAGUCGUUCGCUGUGGACUCUUGAUGCGCAGUCAGAAGGUCCAGAUCGAGCCGUGUGGCGUCUCCUCCCUUGUCUCCACUGCAGUGUUACCGCUUCUCCUCCUUCUCGCUCUUCGCCUCUUGCGCCAGCGCUGCCCACCGCAAGAAGAGAACUGCAAAGUACGUUCCACUUCUGAAGCUCUCAACUUCAAAGAGGCAAGCUCACUCAGCAACUGUUGCAAGCGGCUCCUGUAAACAAAAUCCAACGCGGAACUUGAACCUGAAAGAAUAACAAACAUCGUCACGGAACCAUGUUUCUGCAAACGCGGACUUCAUCUUUCACCCCUUGCGUAUACAUCUCAGUCCUGCUGCUGCUGCUGCUGCCGGGAGUCACCCACGUGUCCCAAGGCAGUUCCAGCCAUGACAAUUCUGGCAGCCCGGCGGGCAACUGCAGCAGUGAAGAUAACUGCUCCGACGGCGUGGUGCUACCCAUGUGGAACCCCCAGAACCCUGUGGUGGGUGAUAAGGUGGCUCGAGCCAUUGUUUACUUUGCAGCUCUCAUAUACAUGUUCCUGGGCAUGUCCAUCAUCGCCGACCGCUUCAUGUCAUCGAUUGAGGUCAUCACCUCUCAGGAAAAAGAGAUCACCAUCAAGAAGCCCAACGGUGAGACGACGACGACGACCGUGCGCAUUUGGAACGAGACCGUGUCCAACUUGACUCUAAUGGCUUUAGGGUCAUCGGCGCCAGAAAUCCUUCUGUCCGUCAUUGAGGUGGUAGGCCAUAAUUUUGAAUCCGGAGCUCUGGGUCCGAGCACCAUUGUGGGCAGUGCUGCGUUCAACAUGUUCAUCAUAAUAGCCAUCUGUGUCUACGUAGUGCCAGAAAACGAGACCCGCAAGAUAAAGCACCUCAGGGUGUUUUUUGUCACUGGCGCCUGGAGUAUUUUUGCCUACAUCUGGCUAUACCUCAUCCUGUCCGUUUUCUCUCCCGGUGAGGUGGAAGUUUGGGAGGCAGUUCUCACCUUUCUCUUCUUCCCACUCUGCGUGCUACAAGCCUGGAUCGCAGACCGCCGUCUGCUCUUCUACAAGUACGUCAACAAACGCUACCGUGCCGACAAGAAUCGCGGCAUUAUCAUCGAAUCAGAAGGGGACGCCAUGUUCACCAAAAUGGACUUGGAGAUGGACGGCCAGGGAGUCAACUCGCACACUCACCCCAAAGAGGCUCUGGAUGGGAUGCUGGAGGGGGUGGAGGAAGGUGGAGGGAUGAGUGCGGAGCAGGACCAAGAGGAGGAAGCGAGAAGGGAGAUGGCUCGCACCCUAAAAGAACUGAAGCAGAGGCACCCAGAGAAGGAUAUGGAGCAGUUGAUCGAAAUGGCUAACUACCAAGUCUUAGUCCAGCAACAGAAGAGCCGAGCCUUCUACCGCAUACAAGCCACGCGGAUGAUGAUUGGCGCCGGAAACAUCCUGAAAAAGCACGCUGCCGACCAAGCUCGGAAGGUGGUGAGCUGCCACGAGGCUAGCGGACAGGAAGAGGACCCCAACACGAUCUACCUGCAGUUUGACCCUUCCCACUACCAGUGCUUUGAAAACUGCGGCUCCUUAAAACUCUCAGUCAGUCGGCACGGAGGAGAAGCCGGCUGCACCGUGAAGGUUGACUACCGCACGGAGGAUGGCACUGCCAAUGCCGGGUCAGACUAUGAGUUCGCCGAGGGCACUUUAGUCUUCAAACCUGGCGAGACCACAAAAGAGUUCACCGUUGGUGUGAUCGAUGAUGACAUUUUUGAAGAAGAUGAACACUUCUACGUGCGCCUUAGCAACCCCCGCAUAGUGCACCGAGCUGAGGUCUCCGUCCUGGAGCCGCGUUCUCUCUCUUCCAGCAACAGCAUGGCCGGCAUGUCCUCACACAUCCCGCCGAAAGCCGCCCUGGGCGGCGCUCACACCGCCACGGUCACCAUCUACGACGACGACCACGCCGGCAUCUUUACGUUCGAGAGCAAGUCGACCAGGGUCAGCGAAAGUGUCGGAAACAUGCAGGUCAAGGUUCACCGGACGUCCGGCGCGAGGGGCAAGGUGGCGGUGCCUUACCACACUGUCGAGGGCACAGCCAAGGCUGGCGAGGACUACGAGGAAGUGUCCGGCAAGCUGGAGUUUCAGAACGAUGAGACCAUGAAGCUGCUGAACGUGAAGAUCAUCGACGAUGAGGAGUAUGAGAAGAACAAGACUUUUACCAUUAUUUUGGAAGAGCCCAUUCUGCUCGAAGUGGGACAGAGACACGGAGACACCAAUGACAACAAAAUGCCAGUCGGGCCGGAGGACGUGGCAAAGAUGGGCUGCCCUUGUCUGGGAGAACAUACAAGCUUGGAGGUGGUCAUUGAGGAAUCUUACGAAUUUAAGAGCACGGUGGACAAGCUGAUUAAAAAGACGAACCUGGCUCUGGUGGUGGGGAGCAGCAGCUGGAGGGAACAAUUUGUUAGCGCCGUCACUGUCAGUGCAGGUGAUGACGAUGAGGAAGAAAGCGGAGAAGAGCGCCUGCCCUCCUGCUUUGAUUACAUAAUGCAUUUCCUGACAGUUUUCUGGAAAGUGCUCUUUGCUUUCGUCCCACCCACCGAGUACUGGAACGGCUGGGCCUGCUUCUUUGUGUCCAUCUCGUUAAUUGGCAUCCUGACAGCCGUGACCGGGGAUCUGGCCUCUCAUUUCGGGUGCACCGUCGGGUUGAAGGACUCGGUCACCGCCGUGGUGUUCGUGGCCCUGGGCACGUCUGUCCCAGACACAUUUGCGAGUAAAGUGGCCGCAAUCCAGGACCAAUAUGCUGAUGACCAGCCGGCGAGCUCGGAGGCCCACGGACAGCCAAGCUCCUCACCUUCUUCCUCUUCCUCUCCCUGUGAAGUCAACUAA